CCCGGAGUUGGGGUUCUGUUCCCGGCCGCGAGGUGAGCCACUCGGACUCGUGGGCCGUCCGAGGCCCCAGUGUUCCUUCUCUGGCGGAAUUCGGGAGCGGCAGCCCGGGACCUGGCCGGCAGCCCCUGGAGAUGAGGAACCUGAGUCCUGCAAGGGUGAGAUGAUGAGUAAUCCAAGGCACACAGCUAAUUAAGUAGCAGAACUGGGAUUAGAACUCAGGUUUCCUGCCUCCCAAAUUUCUGAUCAGGAUUGUUAAAAUGAGUCUGCGGAAGCAAACACCCAGUGACUUCCUAAAGCAAAUCAUUGGACGACCAGUAGUGGUAAAAUUAAAUUCUGGAGUGGAUUAUCGAGGGGUCCUGGCAUGCCUGGACGGCUACAUGAACAUAGCCUUGGAACAGACGGAGGAGUAUGUAAACGGACAGCUGAAGAACAAGUACGGGGACGCAUUUAUCCGAGGAAACAAUGUGUUGUACAUAAGUACCCAGAAGAGGAGGAUGUAAAGUCACCAAGAGUACAAUACUUUUCGUACUGGGAUAUAUUUUUUUAUUAAGUUUUUUGAUUCUUUUGUCAUGUAAUUUGUCCUAUUUUGUAACAGUUGUGAUUUUUCACUGACAUGUGAAUAAGAUAAAUAUAUACAAUUGUGGAUUUAA